AACGUGGGGCAGUGAUGACGUCACGGACGCUACGAUGUGUGCCAGCGGUGUUGUGGGUGUCAUGUGUUUUAGUGUGGUGGUAUUGUGUUGGUCUCACCACCACCACACCAUCCUCACGCCCCCACCACUUCCACCUGAGGCAUCAAAACCACCUACGGCACCCAGUUCCCUUUGUGGUUACCCUGUGCACAGGCGGCUCUCGCUCGGUGGCGAUCGCUGGCGUGACGACAGACGAGCGGCAGCUGCGGCAGACUAUCGUGAUGCUCAAGUCUGCCGCCCUCGCCACCCGCACUCGUCUCAGGUUCAUCUUGCUGAGCAAUGACAUUGAUAUAUACAAGAAAGUCUGCUCCAAAAUAACGCAAUGGCCUUCGGAAUACUCGACCCGACUUUCAUUAGAAUUCAGACCAAUAUACGUUCCGUCGGACUCCUCAAUCCUGGAAAUGUACGACAAAUGCUCGACUGAGCGACUGUACCUGCCGCGAGUGUUGCCAGACGUCGAUGCUGUCGUCUACCUCGACACUGACAUGAUAUUCCUCCGCGCGCCCGAACUACUUGCCCAGCAGUUCCAGCUGUUCAACCAAACGCAGAUGUUUGGAAUGGCUUCCAUACAGGGAUACUACUCGGCGCAUACCAUUAAAGUGCCGUUCGUGGGUAAGGGUUUUUGUGGCGCUCCGCUGCUGGCAAACUUGACACGCUGGAGGCAGAAGCCUUUCGAAGAGCAGACAUUGGAGAACAUCAUUACGGCCUUCAUGGACCGUAUACAGUCGGGGGACCAGGAUGUGCUAAACAUGAUGCUCAUUGAGAAGCCACACCUGGUUCAACAACUUGGAUGCGAGUGGAACGGCUAUAUGGAGCAGUGCUUGGAAUUGGACUAUCGGUGCCCUCGCGUGCAAAACGUUGGAUUCUCCGUUCUGCACGGCUUCAGGGGGCGCUUCUUGACCGACGAGUACUUCGACUAUCAUGCUUUCAACAGGAUCACGUUCCGUGCUUGGGAGGAGCACGUCUUAGGAGCCCCUCUAGGCGCCCUCGUGUCCGACCUUCUGGCGUCAAUGAGAAAGGCAGACCUUGAACGCAGGGGAGAUGACGGUGCACCAUAUUUAGGAGCACAAUUCUGCAGAUGCCUGAUGAAGUCCUUGUUUUUGUUCUUCCUGGAUGGAAGGUCUAACGAAAAAUUAAGAGAAGGGAUCGAAGUAUUUUGCAGUGUCAAACUAAGUUAGUGCAGAUUCGGGUUGAAGACGAGAAUGAGUCAAGCAUAUUUUUAAAUCAUUGAUGGUGAUUUCUGUUAUCCGAAGGCAAUGGGGCCAAUUUGAUUGUGAUCAGAAGCCAAAUUAACCUUGCCAGGUCAUCCGUUGCUUCAAUUCUCGUUAUCCAAAAGACCGUAUUGCACUACUUCUGAUCUUAUCUCUCGUGUGGUUACCCAUGUUCGAGAUGUUCGAGAGAGGAGAUUGCUUUUCUCUACAAAUCGCUAUCCAAAGUAGAAGUAUAGAGAACGAGUGUGUCAACAAAGUUUAGCACAGAGCGUACCAAACGGCUUAAAUCACGGGUUAAAGACCAUUUACCCCCGAUUUACCAAACACUCAAUAUUUUUAAACCUCUGCCACUAGUAAAGUUUGGGAACUAUUCGUUACUAAACACAUGGGGCCUAGCCUAGAGGCUUAACCCUUAACCUUCUACUCAAUCACGAUGUAAUACUUCUUUCAGAUAUAUAAUCGAUUUGAAUUUUUGACAUACUUUCCAGAACUGGGGUGCUCAUCUUUAUUGAUCAACACAAAGCUAUAAUAAGGUACUUUAUAUGUCCCAUUUCGCAGUCUUAGAAACUCUGCAAAGGUCAAAUCGUAAUGUCAUCACUGCGAAUAUUCUUCAUGUCGAUGAUAGGUAACUCGAAUAGAAUUAAUAAAUUAGAAUUCACUCUACCAGUUUGUCUUAGUAAUUUGUGAUAGUUUUGGGAUAAGUAAAUUGAACUACAUGUAGUUAUUAUGUCUUCCAAUGGUGUGAAAACUAUCAGCAGGAUUUUGA